AUGGCCGUUCCCAAUACCACCAAAGCACUCUUCAUCGAUUCAGAGAACAAUCCCAAGGUCAUCGAACGGCAAGGCCUCCCGGAACCAAGCAGCGGCGAACUGCUCAUCAAAGUCCUAUACUCAGGCGUUAAUCCCGCCGAUAUCAAACAUGCAACGUUCCUAGGAAUGAACAAUACCGUCAUGGGCCAUGACUUUAGCGGUCAAGUCCUAGAAACAACAAAGCCCAACUCUGUGUAUAAGCCUGGAGAUAUUGUAGCGGGAUACACGCCCGCAGGUCUUCAUCAACCUGUUCACUACGGAGCUCAUCAAGCUUACAUCACAUGCCCAGAGGACAUGCUGUUCAAAGUCCCCGAUAAUCUUCCUUUGCCCGACGCAGCGAGUUUGACUGUUGUUGCCAUGACAGCCGCUGAUGCGGUGUACAACCUUUUCAAAUUCCCCCUCCCGACGGAGAACGAAACACUGGCCUACAAUGCCCCGUUUCUGCUUUGGGGAGCGACAGGUUCCGUUGGGUACUGCGCCCUACAGUUCGCCAUCGCAAGUGGCGUGUCUCCCAUUCUUGUGGCUGCAAACCCGGCGCAAUUCGAGCAUCUACGCUCUCUCGGAGUCGAACACCUAUUCAACUACAAGGACGAGAAUGUCCACGAGUCGAUCGCCAAAACUCUGCGAGGCUUGGGCUUUGACAAGUUCUUAUACGCAUUCGAUGCAGCAGGGGCUCCCGAUUCAGGCGAUCAGGUGCUAAAGGCUGUAGCAGACGACACCUUCAUCGCUUCGACGGUCUUGAGAGACGAAAAGCGCUUCGAGAUGCCCGUUGGCGCAACCAAUAUCGACUUUGUGAUUCAUCCUCCCGGCGCUCCUCAUCCAAUUUCCAUUCCUGCGCGACCUUCGGACCACGCUAGAGCUUGGGAAGUUUUUAAAUGGGCUAUUGAGAACUAUGGAAAGAAAUUCCGCUUGCCGCCGGUCCGUGUCGUGGACGAUACUGCUGAAGUUGCAUUGGAAGAGAUAAAGCGAUUUGUCAGGCAAGGUGGAGGAUUUUCCAAGCUUUCAAUUAAGCAACCACUAGCAUAA